UGUACCAUGGCCAACUACGCCCGCCUGAAGAAUGUCCUUAUGGCGCUCCAGACCCGCCGGCAGCCGCUCCCAGAUGAGGACAGCAGACAAGACCCGGCCUCCCAGAAGCGCCUCCUGGUGGAAUCUCUGUUUGCGGACUUGGAUGCAGACGGGGACGGCCACCUCAGCAGCUCUGAACUGGCGCAGCACGUGCUGAAGGAGCAGGAUCUGGAGGAGGACUUCCUGGGGUGCUCGCCCGGCGACCUCCUCCGAUUUGAUGACUCCAACAGUGACGGCUUCUUGACACUCCACGAGCUCUACACAGCCUUCCAGGUGGUUCAGCUCAGCCUCGCGCCCGAGGAGAGGGUCAGUGUGGCCACCGUGACCGUGGGGCUGAGCACCGUGCUGACCUGCGCUAUCCGCGGAGAGCUGCGGCCACCCAUCAUCUGGAAGCGCAAUGGGCUGGCCCUCAACUUCAUGGCCUUGGAAGACAUCAAUGUAAGUGGCUCGGCUCUGACCCUGAACGCAGACCUGCCCCAGGGAAGUAACCUGCAAAUCGCCCGUGGCAGUGGCAGGGAAGAAAUCUGUCCCCAAGGGGAAGGAAAUGCCACCCAGCCGUGCCAGUGGGCCUCGGCCGUGAACGUCCGGCACCAGUAUAUCUACGUGGCCCAGCCAGCACUGAACAGAGUCCUUGUGGUCGACGUGCAAGCCCAGAAAGUUCUACAGUCCAUAGGUGUGGACCCUCUGCCAGCUAAGCUGUCCUAUGACAAGUCUCAUGACCAAGUGUGGGUCCUGAGCUGGGGAGACGUGCACAAGUCCCAACCGAGCCUCCAGGUGAUCACAGAAGCCAGCACUGGCCAGGGCCAGCACCUUAUCCGCACGCCCUUUGCAGGAGUGGACGAUUUCUUCAUCCCCCCAACAAACCUCAUCAUCAACCAUAUCAGGUUUGGCUUCAUCUUCAACAAGUCUGACCCUGCCGUUCACAAAAUUGAUCUGGAAACACUGGUGCUGCUCAAGACCAUCAGCCUGCAGAGCCACGGCUGCGUGCCCCAGGCCAUGGCCCACACGCACCUGGGCGGCUACUUCUUCAUCCAGUGCCGAGAGGACAGCCCGGCGCCUGCCGCACCCCAGCUGCUGCUCGACAGCGUCACGGACUCCGUGGUCGGCCCCAACGGGGACGUGAGCGGCGCCCCACACCUGUCCCCCGACGGGCGCUUCGUCGUCAGCGCGGCCCCCAGCAGCCCCCAGCUGCACGUGCAGGAGAUCACGCUGCAGGGGCGGAUCCGGACCCUCUACAGCUUGACAGUCAGCGCGGGCGUCUCGGACGUGGCCUUCCAGCCCUCCUUCACCCAGGCCAACCAGUACCACGUGUUCGCGGCCGCGGAGACGGAGCCGGCCCUGCUCUUCCUGGAGCUGUCCACGGGCAAGACGGGCGUGCUGGAGGACCUAAAGGAGCCGCCCGCGGCGCCGGCCUGGCCUUGGGGAGGGCCCCGCAGGAUCGUGAGGGACAGCGGGCUCUUCGGACGGUACCUGCUCACGCCAGCGCAGGAGUCGCUGUUUCUCGUCGACGGGAGGCAAAAGGCACUGCGCUGUGAGGUGGCGGGCGUCAAGCGGGGGACCACGGCCGUGUGGGUGGGCGAGGUAUGAAGCCCCUCCCCGCGCAGAGCCCCGGGCCACCGAGCUCCGCCUGGUCCUCACUCCGCAGCCCCCAGCAGGCGCAUGUACAUUUUUACAGACAAAAGCCAAACCUGUCUUCGCUUUGUGGUUCGACCCUGGUCUCCUUGCAAGUUUCCUAGUCUAAGGUAGGCGCUGCUAACCAGAUUGGGGUUUUUCGUUGGGAAGUAUGAUUUACGCCUUGAGCUACGGUGCGAACACAUGCUGCUGUGUCAAGGAAUCGUUUCUGUGCCCAGCUCCACGCCAUGGUACCUGGGGACGCUGUGGAGCCAAGAGUUCCUGCUUUCCAGGCUGACCUUUCUGUCGGUUGCCUUCAUGUACUCAUUGUCCCUCACCGCCGGGUCCGGCCAGGCUUCACCCCGACGGAGUGGCCUGAAGCCCGGCCUGGAAACAGGCUCGUCGGGAGCAGGGCUUGCUCUCCAGGCCUGAGAGCCACGUCCGCCUGCCUCCUGGACCUUCUUUUCUCCUGUGCAGCUGCUUCGUGAUUUUCUUUCCGUGUGACUUGGUGUAAGCCUGAGGGAGAGCCGACAGGACUUCUUGCAUCUUGGGGGAUGGGGAAAUCACUUACUUUAUUUUGGAAAUUUUGAUUAAAAGAUAAUUUUUUAUAAUCUCAAAUGCUAGUAAGCAGAAAGAUGCUCUCUGACGUCCAGCUCUGUUCCUCCCUGCCUCGGGCCAAGUCUCUGCGAGUCACCACCCCACGCCCCACAGACAGAAGGAACAAUGGUCAUCCAAGAAUAACGGCCCUCCACACCACGGACGCCCCAAGUGCAGCUCUGGCCACCAUCUUGGCCAAGACUCUGUUCUGGGUUGGGACGCAAAGAGACCAGGACAAAGCCUGCGUGCCUGCUUUUUACCACUGAAGGGGGAGGUUUUAUUAGCCAGGCCCAGUACCCCAGAUUCAGGGCAGACUGGGCUUGCCAGGCAAAGUGGGGGUGGCCUACAGAACAGUGACCUCCAGGUGCCACACAGGAACCCCAAAGACCCGUGCAGGGUCCAGGUGCGUUCUGUAGGCUAUCCGUUUUAAAAAUCCCUUUCUUUUCUGCCUGUGGCCCUCGAACUUCAGUCCCUCCUUCAACACAGCACACAAAGCACAUUUCAGGCCUUUCUUACAUACGGCCCCUUCUCGUCCCAGUAACACACACUGCAAAACCCAUAAUCCCAAGGAUGUGGGGUUAGGGGGAGGAUACAGGCGGGCAAUGCUGCAUGAUCCCCAAUGUCUCAGACUCUGCCGGGCUGGGUGGGGGAAGGGGGGCGCAUCAAGGAAGACACCCUGUGUGGGAGAAUGUCCGCAAUGAAGAAGCUUCCCCGGGCCCCCAGAGCCCCCCUUUCUGUCUCCCUCACAUCAGUAGUCACAACAUACUCGUAUGCUUUCUGGCUUGAAUGACUGUUUUUCAAGCCACCUGAAGUUGGAAAAGGUGGUCCCCUCACAUACACCUCAGCUAGCGUAGCCCCCUUCACCCGGCCACGUGGCCGUGCUUUUCCUGUGCUGCUGAUCGCCAGCCCCGUUAGAAGGAAGACACACACCCUGCCUUGCUCUACUUACACACUGCUCCCCUUCACGCUCACCUGACUGCCCACCCCACCUGAACCACGGCCCCCCGCCCCAAUUUCCUGAAAUCAGCCAAUCCCCUGGCAUCUCCCAUGUGUCUUGGUUCACCAAACACUCAUCCCCUCCAACUCCCAAGAGUGUGGCCAGAUGUGCCCAUGCAGACUUGAGAUUCUGUUCCAGGUAAAAUACAGAGCUACAGGCAGAAGGAAUGGACUUCAAAGGCGGCCUACUCACUUUCACCAGAGCUGGGACAGAUGGGCAACACCUCCCACCCUUUCUUUUUUAUUCCUGUCUCUGUCUCUUGACACCUUCACUUCCAAACUCCCACUUUUAUCACUGAAAUUCUCCAACAUUCAUGAACUUCUCCCUUUGGGAAAAUCUUCUACACGGUGGCAGCCCCUGACAGAAAAAAAAAAAAAAA